AUUAAUUAAAGAAAAGGGGGCGGAGCAUACCGAUGUUGUCACAUAUAGGCCACAAACAAUAUCCUGUUAAGAUAAAGAUCGUACGGACUACUUUCGACAAAGACAAACCAGUGUUAUCUAUUUGGGAAAAUAAGAAGACUUAUUUAUGUUUGGUCACUGACAUCAAUAUAGCAAAGUAAUAAUGCGGUUAACAGUUUUGGUGUCAUUGCUGUCACUUCAAAUCUUCACCAAUGGAGAUAGUGGCGUGGAUCAAAUGCACCAGACAGGAAAUUCUUCGCAUCCAGCACCAAACUCAUCAACUUUGCAAGCAGUGACACCUACACCAGCACCAAUAAAUCCAGCUUCGCAGCCAGUGACAUCUACGCCAUCACCAAGCCGUUCAACUUCAUUUUCAGUGACAUCUACACCAACACCAAGCCGUUCAACUUCGCUUCCAGUGACAUCUACGCCAGCACCAAAAACUUCAACUUCACAACCAGUGACAUCUACACCGUCACCAAUCCGUUCAACUUCUCUUCCAGUGACAUCUACGCCAGCACCAAAAACUUCGCAACCAGUGACAUCUACGCCAGCACCAUUCACUUCAGCUUCACAUCCAUCUACGUCAGCACCAAACCCUUCAACUUCACAACCAGCGACAUUCACGCCAGCACCAACCUCUCCAGCUUUGCAUCCAGCUACAUCCACGCUAGCACCAAAAACUUCAACUUCGCAACCAGUCACAUCUACGCCAGCACCAUCCACUUCAGCUUCGCAUCCAGUAACAUCUACGUCAGCUCCAAAAACUUCAACUUCGCAACCAGGGACAUCCACACCAACGCCACCCACUUCAGCUUCGCACCCAGUGACAUCUACGUCAGCUCCCAAAACUUCAACUGUACAACCAGUGACGUUUACGUCAGCACCAUCCACGUCAGCUUCGCAUCCGGUGACAUCUACGUCAGCUCCAAAUUCUUCAACUGUACAACCAGUGACGUCAACGUCAGCACAAACUCGUUCAACUUUGCAUCCAGUGACAUCAACGCCAGUACCAACCUCUCCAGCUCCGUCUCCUGUGGCAUCUACGCUAGCCCCAAAACCAUCAACUUCUCAUCCAGUGACAUCUACGCCACGACCAACCCCUUCAGCUUCGCAAUCCGUCACCUCUAUGCCAGCACCAACCUCUCCAGCUUCGCAUUCAGCGAAAUCCACAUCAGUACCAACUUCUCCAGGACCUUCAUCAGAAGCAUCUCCACCAACACGUUCUGAUUCCUCGAGUAAUUCAGAUACUACAAAAAUAAUUGUUCCUGUUGUCGUGACAUGUGUUACGUUGUUCUGCAUCACGACCAUCGUUGUUAUCGUAGUUCUAAAAAGACGAAGAAGUGUCCUCUUAUUUCGGUUCCAGAUGAGACGUCUGCGUGUAGAUAACGAUGAAAUGAUAUUAGUUGGAGAUGGUGAUAACUUUGAUGAUGGUGGAGACCCGAGUUUCAGCAAUCCACUUUACAGAAAAUUAACGGUUGAUUAAACACCAUUAAAUGGAACAAUAUUUAAAACAAUAGUGCCUUUUAUGAUACAUUAAUUUUACUACUUGUACUAACGGUCGGAUUAAGGUAGCGGCUUUGGGGACUGCAAUCUGUGGACUUCAGUCUGUCGAAGGGCCUCCAGAGGUUAUGCUGGAGGUUAUUUCAUCGGAACGGGAGAUUAUUUGAAACAAGAGUGCCUUACAUCAUACAUUUAGUUCGUGUACUAACUGCCGAUUAAGGCAGUAGGUUGACGGACUGUAGGCCACCUAAUGUUAAAUGUUGUUACAUUUGUGGAUGAUUAAGUACCCUUAUAUGUUAGUGUUUAAAAUAGGGUUCUUUUAAUAUACUGUAUAUAUGUAGUAAACACUGUACGAUAAAAAGAGCUCUGUACUGUAUACCAUGGACUGCCGAUGGGUAAAAAGUUUCAUUCAUACAGAUAUCGCCCGAGGUAAUGGUAAUACAUGUAUGUAGUAGUUAUUAGCACACUUUCCGAGGUGUAUCGGUGAAUAUCAGGACAGUUUUGGUCGAGGGGCCCAGCCGAGCCGACCAAAACUGUCCUGAUAUUCACCGAUACACUGAGGAAAGGUGCUAAUAAGUUACUUACAUCACAUUUCUAUCGAGUAUUGUGAAGCAAAAUGUGAAAAAUAGUAUUUAUUAUCGAGUCGUUUCAACCGAAAAGUGACAAAUACUUUCUGUUCUUUCAUUAUUUAUCCCUUUCUGAGCCUCACGUUACAUUUCAUGGUAGAAUGAUUUCGCAGUGGAGAGACGACCUGAGUAGUAUUUACACGUGCGUCUUGCUAUGAUACAAUCACGUGUUUGUUUAGACCAGAUCGUCAAAACAAUGUCUAUGGCGUAGAGGACUGCGAUAUUAUUAAAUGUAGUGUAAAGGAAAUUCGAAAUGUGGGUCAUUCCUGGUGAAAGUAUGCAUCGGCGGAUGGUUCUUCCGUUGAAAUUUAUUUGUAAUAAAGUUUAUGACUUUCUAGGCUUUUUUUUUCAUCCUGCUUAUUUUCAAUGCCUGUGAAGUGUCCAGCAAGAGAACUGCGCCUUCUAUCAUCACAAUUAAUUAAAAUAAUUAUUCAAUAUUCUAAUUUAUAUAUUUUGCAUAUUAAUAUAAAUCAAACCAAAUUAUGAAAUAGAUGCCAAUUGGUAUGUAUAAUAAUUGAUUUUUGUAAUAUGUUGUUAUGUUAAUUUAAUGUCAUUGUAUAUGUUUUUGAACUGCCAUGUAGUUCCCCCCAUUUUGUUUUGUUACUAUGAAUUUGACUAGUUGUUUCAUGUACAUCGGUUAGAGCCUGGUUAUCAAUUGCGAUCUGAGUCGGACUAAACGUCCGCUAUUUGUUGCUUGAUAGAUAUCUAAAACGGUAUAAAAGUAUCCGUGUAUCAGAAAUGAUCAGUACAUUUCUGAUACACGGAUACUUUUAAGCAUGUAUUGCAAUUAAACAGGACAGUUUUAUCAAAGGUUGCCAUGGCAACGAGUAGAAGUGGGAUGUAAAUGUACGUACACGUACAAACCCAUUUCCUAAACUAAACAUUAUAAAUGGUAGUGUUUCAUAAACUAUGCUCAUCUUUUAAUGUGCAAUGUUUCAAGUGCAAUUUGUGUGUAUAUACGUGUUUCAUUUUUUGUGUGCAUGUGUACAUAUUUCACGGGUACUGUGUGUGUGGUGUACAUGUUUAAAUUAUUUGUGUAUACAUGUUUAAUUUAUGUUUAUGUACCAUGUUUAAAGGAGCUAAGUCGCUAAUAUUUGGGACCUAGAAAUUGACACAAAUGGGUCGCAACGCAUACAAUAAUGUAAUAUGAAUGUAUAUAAAUUGAUUUACAUUCAAUCGUUUCUGUUUUACUGUAAUUUCUAAUCAGUUAGGUUCGGCGAAAUACGCCAGUAUUCUCAAUCGAAUUUCAAUCUCUAGCGUCUGGUUUUUCCAGUCUACGCCGAUAUAUAGUAUUUAUUGGGUAUGCUCUCCAGAUAAGAAUAUAGCGUCAUCGUUUCACAUGACUUGUGGAAUAUGCCUAGACUCGUUUUUCGAGUCCCUUAUUACAAGUAGCACUGAAACGCAUUAUGGUAAACGAUUCGUGUACCAAAAUUGUAAAAUGUUUAUUUUGUCUUAAAUAUUGGAUAUCAGAAGGCCAUCUUUUCCCGGUAAGAUCACAACAUCAAUAUUGAUUUAAAGCCACAAAUAAAUCGUGUUUUCAAUGUCGAAGAUUUUGGAUGAUAUUGAGUUAGAGACUUAGCUACUUUAAAUUUGUGUUUAUAUGUUUCAAUCUGAAUAUGUUUAAUGCUCAUCUGUUUAUAAAGAUCAAUGUUAUCGUGUAUGUAGUUAAAUGCUUUUAUAUUAGCUGACAUUGAAGGUGUUAUUAAACUGAAUGAGUAAUGUAUACAAACCUAUCUGAAUAUUUUAAUAGACCUGCUGUGUAAUUUGUAAUUAAUGUAUAGCGUGCUACGCGAAGAUGUAAAUGGUCAUUGUACGUAAUUUAUAUAAAUGGACACAAUAAUA